CAACCUUUGACCCUCAGGCGGAAGCCACUGAUGGUUGUGCACAUGCGCCGAAGUGCUGUCUCCUUCAUACUCACCUCUGUGGACAUUACAGAAGCCGAGUGCUGGACACAUCAACAUGUACGCUUGUGCAAGAUUCAUACCAGCUGUCCGGAGCCUGGCUUCAGGUUCUCGUGUUGUUAUUCGUCCCCUAAGCAGCACAGUUGUGACAAGCAGGCACGAGGUGUCUAAAGAGCCGAAGACUAGCUUAGUUACCUUCAGUAGUUCUGGCAUCAGCUUCUCGGCCCCAGAAGUUUCAGCUCUUCUUUCUCAGAUUAGGUCAUUCCAGACAAGUGCAGUUCAGAGAGACAUUGAUCAAGCUGCAAAAUACAUUGGAGCUGGAGCUGCAACUGUGGGUGUUGCUGGGUCAGGAGCUGGUAUUGGCAGUGUGUUUGGCAGCCUUGUCAUUGGCUAUGCACGCAAUCCAUCUCUAAAGCAGCAACUUUUCUCCUAUGCUAUCCUGGGCUUUGCUUUGUCUGAGGCCAUGGGUCUGUUCUGCCUCAUGAUGGCUUUCCUGUUGCUGUUUGCUUUCUAAUGAGGGCAUUUUGUAGAGUAUGGGGACAAAAGUUUCCAUUUGAAAUAAAUUUGUGGCUGUAUCAUUGUGUGGUGUCAGGUCUAGGGCCCAAGCACUUGUGCAGUUAUGAAAGAAGUAUGCAGUUUGCUGAAAGCUUGUAGCAGACUGCAUAAAAGACUGGUUUGAAAGAAACUGCUGGUUUGGCCAAGAACGGAUUUAUGCUGACCUCCAACUAAGCAUGUAGUCUUCAGAUUGUAACUAGGAACCAAUCAUAUCUUUCAGCAACUGUACAGUUAAAACAGAGGGAAAACAACAUACGACCUGUUUAUGUAGCUGUGGGUUGUAUGAGAGAAUAAAUGAGAUUUUGAACAUGUU